UUGGUAAAACGUAGUGAUCUUUGGUAGUUGGCGCUUUCGCACUCUCUUUGCUUGACACUCGGAACCGUCUGCAGCGCCAUCUUCGUUUAGCUUUGCGCGUUUAACCUCAAUUCAAGCUUCAUGGCAUUUUUGUAACCUGACAACACGAUGUUGAUUUUAUUAGUCAAUAUGGCAACAUUGUCUCACGAUUCCGUGAUUAUCUAAAUGUUGGAAUAAUGUUUGGUUUUUCCGGAUUUUAGUAUAUUUUUAUUAAUUAACAUAAUGUUUCAGCUAGUGUUAGUGCAACAGAGGAAAUAAUUUACACCCGAAAUUUUAUAAUCAAGAUGAAUGAGAGGGAUAUUCCAAGUGUCCCUAUUACAACUUUGGCAGGAGUAGCCAGUUUGACGGAUUUAUUACCUGUGCUGCCACUGCCUACACCUUUACCAUCAACCCUCAACAAUAAGUCUCAGUUGUUUCACCCUCGAGUUGCAGAGGAAGCCGCAAUAUUACUUGCUACCAGAGAUGACAAUUUGGUUACCCUUCUUUUACAGUCGCUUAUGAAAACCUCUGUGGAGCAUAUAGAUCUUAAGGAGGAAAGCAUACCCAAUGCUGUAAGCCCUGCUCCUCAACAAGCUACACCAGAGCUACUGAAAGCAAUAUUACAUGUAAAUCCCAAUGUAUUUGACCAACAACAGCGAAACCAUUGGGGUAAUCAUGUCACCUCAAAGUUUAAUGGAUUGUCACCUUCUGCCUCAUACAAUUACGCAUCACACAAUACUGCUCACUCAAGUCCGUCUGCAGUUGGGACAGCAGUUCACCCGGCAGCCAUUCCAAACCAGCAACUACUAGCCCCACCAUGCCAGUCUUCACCACACGUCAACAUGGGCUCUCCACCAUCACAAGCCAGGCCUGGAAGCCAAGUAAACAUCACUGCGCAGAACAAUGUGUCUCCUUUAUGGAAUAGUGCUAAUUCUUCCACAUAUACAAGUCCCAUGUCCAACACAUCUAGUUCUAACCCCCAAAAUGGUGGUUUCUAUGGAAGUUUGACCCAAGAGAAUCCAAGUUUUGGUACUAAUUUAUCGGAAGAUAAAGAUCCUCUUGCUAUGUCACCGGGCAAUUUGCCGGACCAACAGAGAUUAAUGGUCCAAUCACAGGAAAAGCCAUUUGAACAAGAUGGAAAUGUGGUAACGGGCCAGUCGCCCGCUCAAGCAAGUGUGGCGCCCUCUCCACUGCGCCAGGAACCCCAAGUGCCUCAGCCGUCGAUGGGCGCGCCAUACGCACCACAGCAGUUACCACAUAAUCCCAAUCAAGACAAACAGGACUCUAAAAAUAAUACUGUCAUAAAUAAUAGAUAUCCUGUUGUCAAACUCGGCAGAUUACCUGAAGGGUUGUUGAAAAGGCAUGAAACGCCAGGUGACGAGAGAUCAAGAAAAAAUAGUACAAUGGAAUCUGAUUCAGAUGACAAUGCUCCUUUGAAGCCAAAAUCAUCGAAUAUUACUCCACCUGUAGACAAAGAAAGAGAAGCAAUAGAUUUAGCCAGGGAGAAAAAUUGGGAAGCUGUCAAAAGGAAACAUGAAGAGGCAAGCAGAAAAGAGGAAUGUGAAACGGCAAUAGUAAGGCCCAAGCUGCGGAAAGUUGAACGAAGAUUAGUACCUGUGUUGGAGAUGCUAUCAGUAGACGAACUUAUGGAGACUAACACUUAUCAACGUUUCAACAAGCUUAUUGAAACAGUUUUUGAAACUAUUGAAGACGAUAUUAUUGUAACUGAUGAGAUGGAAGGGACAGACAUUCCUGAAGACUUGUUGUUGCCGCGGUACCAGCUCCAGGAACUGUGUACUGAAGCAGCAAAGCUGAAGAACCUGGGUGCUAUGGAAGCCAUACCUUCCGAUCGGCUCGUGCGAUUAUUGUCUAUACUGGAGAAAAACAUACGCGCCGCAGAAAAGAUGUCAUUAGCUGGCGAUCCUGAGGACAGUGAAGAAAUGCGGCAGAUAUGGCUGGAGUCCGCCCUGGAGCGAGUGAUGUGCGCGUCCGACUCGUGCCUCACGGCGCUCUACAUCAUGACGUCGCCCAGCAUGCCCAAACGCAUAUUCCUCGAGGACGUCAUCGAUCGGAUCAUAAUGUUCAUCAAAUUCCAGUUGAAUAAUACUAUUUACUGUGUCUAUGAUCCGGUUUACAGCAUUCAGACUACUUCUAAAAAGAAAGUGGACGGGCGCAAGCGGCGCGGCGGCGGCGCGGGGCCGGCGGCGCGGCGGCCGGGCGGCAGCAAGGCGGUGCGCGAGCUGUACACGCACGCGCACGAGUGCGUCACGCUGCUGGCCGAGCUGCUGGCCGCGCACCAGCUCACCGACACCACCGUGCUGCACGCCUCCACCGUCGGCGUGUCGCCCUUCUUCGUCGAGAACGUCAGCGAGCUGCAGCUCUCCGCGCUCAAGCUCGUCACCACGAUUUUCACAAAAUACGAACAACAUCGAAGACUGCUACUGGAGGAUAUCCUGGCCUCAAUAGCACGCAUCCCCAGCUCCAAGCACAACCUGCGCUCGUUCCAGCUGAGCUCCGACCAGCAUAUCCAGAUGCUGACGGCGCUGGUGCUGCAGCUGGUGCAGUGCGUCGUCACGUUGCCCGAGGCCUUGUGUAAAACUCAAGAUAAGGACAAGGAGCUUUCGGAAACUAACAAAAAGACCGUGGACAAAGAUCUGUUAAUAAUAUCCAAGUACGAGGCAGCGAUCAGCGUGGGCGGCACGUUCCUGACGUCGUUCCUGAACAAGUGCCGCAGCCGCAGCGAGGAGGUGGACUUCCGGCCCCUGUUCGAGAACUUCGUGCACGACCUGCUCACCACCGUCAACAAGCCCGAGUGGCCCGCCACGGAGCUGCUGCUUAGUUUACUUGGAACAAUGCUUGUAAAGUACAUGUCGGACAAGUCGAUGGAGAUGUCGGUGCGCGUGGCGUCGCUGGAGUACCUGGGGCUGGUGGCGGCGCGGCUGCGGCGCGACAGCGUGACGUCGCGCGCCAAGCUGGCCACCAUGGACGCCGUCGUGCGCGACAUCCGCGCCGAGGAGGAGAAGGACGGCAACCAGGCCGCGGUGAGCACACCCGUCCGCGUCCACACUCCACAGUACCUGGGGCUGGUGGCGGCGCGGCUGCGGCGCGACAGCGUGACGUCGCGCGCCAAGCUGGCCACCAUGGACGCCAACGUCACCGCGGGACUGGACGAAGACGAGGAGAGGACGGAAUUUUUACAACGCGUCCUCCUCGACUACCUCGCGGUCAACGGCCAGAAAGACCAGGCCUGGAACUGUGCGCGGCACUUCUACAUCACGCAGUGGUACAGGGACACGGUUGUGCAACCCAAAAGCUCCUCGCCCACCAAGAAACCUAAGCACAAAUCGAAGAAACGGCACAAAAGCGACACCAGCGACGAGGACUCCGACGACGACGAUGACAGCGACGCCGAAACUAAAUCCGAACGGAAAGUCAACACCAGCGCUAUAGUCUCGGCGGAGAAAUUCAAGACGAUAGAGCGACGGAAAACAUUUUUUCUCGAGAAAAUCAGACCGUUCAGAUACCAAGGCGGCACUCAAGUACAAGUGAUGCAAUCUUACAUCGACUACGGCGGAGCGGAAUUGAUCUCGCAAUACUUAGCAUCGAAGCGGUCGUUCUCGCAGAGCUUCGACCGGUAUUUACGAAAGAUACUGGUGAUUCUCUGCGAGAACACGAUCGCCAUCAGAACGAAGGCGAUGAAGUGCCUGGCGAACAUCGUGGAGGCGGACCCGGGCGUGCUGGCGCGGCAGGACAUGCAGAUCGGCGUCAACCGCUCCUUCCUCGACCAGUCCACGGCCGUGCGCGAGGCCGCCGUCGACCUCGUCGGCAAGUUCGUGCUCAGCCGGCCCGAGCUCAUCGACAAGUAUUAUGGAAUGCUCUCCAAUAGAAUCCUAGAUACGGGUGUGUCCGUGAGGAAACGAGUGAUAAAAAUUUUAAAGGACAUCUGCACCGAGUGCCCCGAAUUCCCCAAGAUCCCAGAGAUCUGCGUGAAGAUGAUCCGGCGGGUGAACGACGAGGAGGGCAUCCGCAAGCUGGUGAUGGAGGUGUUCCAGAACAUGUGGUUCAGCCCGUGCCCGGCGACGCGGCUGGCCGCGCUGGACGCCGCGGACCCGCUGACGCGCAAGGUGCUCAACAUCACCGACGUCGUCAUCUCCUCCCGCGACAUGGGCCUCGAGUGGUUCCAGCAGCUGCUGAUGAGCUUAUUCAAACCGAAAGAGGACAAAGAUGACUCCACGAAAAUUAUAUAUCAACCGCCUAAAUCGCUUUUAGUAGCCUGCCAACAAAUUGUUGACUGCCUUAUUGAGAGUUUACUACAAUUAGAAGAAACCAGUGCUGAAGGAAGUGGAUCGUCUCAAAGGAUACUCGCGUGUCUCUCCACUCUACAUUUAUUCGCUAAAAUUAGACCACAGUUAUUAGUUAAUCACGCCCUGACUCUACAACCGUACCUGAGUUUAAAAUGCCAGAACCAAUACGAGCAACAGAUAACGUCGACGGUAGCGUCGACGCUGGAGCUGGUGGUGCCCCUGAUGGAGCACCCGAGCGAGGUGUUCCUGGCGCAGCUCGAGGAGGACGCCGUGAAGCUGAUCCUGCAGCGCGGCCAGCUCGUCAUCGCCGCCUGCAUCGCGCUGCUCGCCGCCAUCGUCAACAACCUCACGCGGAACUACAAGCUCAUCCGGGAUGUCUUCAACAAGUACCACGGAAUACUUCUACAAUGGAAGUCGAGUUGGCAGAGGAACCCUGACAUAACGCGCACCCUGCACGCAAGGCCUCAGUUCCGACGGUCGCUCUUCAUCGUGGGCCUCUUGUUGCGAUAUUUCGACUUCACGGACCCCAAAGUCAUUGAUGGCCUUGCAAUUGACAUCAAAGAACAAUUGUUCACAACGUUGAUGUUCUUUGUGGGAUUGGAAGAUGAGGAUUUUGUGUCACACACACUUAAAGCGAUGGGGUCCGUUUGCGUCAGGCAUUACGAGUUUAUGCUAAGGCCGGAACUCAAAGAGUUUUACCACCAGCUGCUAACUUCUGACCUCGCGCCUAUAGAAAUGAAAGCGGACGUGCUCAGGAAUGUCGAAAUGUAUUUACAAGAGGAAGAACAAAGAAUGAUUAGACAAGACAAAGAAUGGUCGAAGCGAUCGAAGCUAGAAAACCUGAAGGAGAUGGGCGACGUGUCAUCGGGCAUGGCCUCGACGGUGAUCCAGCUGUACCUGAAGGAGAUCCUCGGUGCCUUCCUGCACCCCAGCACGCUGGUGCGCUCCAGCGCCAUGAAGGUCGUCCAGCUCGUGCUGGCGCAGGGGCUCGUGCACCCCGUGCAGAUUGUUCCCUAUUUGAUCUGCAUGAGUACUGAUUUGGAAGUGACAGUGUCUCACGCAGCAGACAAAAACUUACAAGAAAUAGAUAAGAAAUACCCUGGAUUCAUCCAUAUGAAGGCGCAACUUGGCAUCAAGCUGUCUUAUCAGUUACAAAAAAUAAUUCAGACCAGCGCCAAGAAUGAUGUCAUUCGAGGUUUUAGGAAAAAAGACCAAGACGAACUGCCUUCGUCUCUGAAUGGAUUUUUAUAUUCAUUACUACGUAAUACACGACCGCAAAGGAGGGCGCUGGUUUUAUCGUUACUUAAGCAAUUUGACGAUGUUUCCACUGCGCCUUUGGAUCAAAUGUUGUACCUGGCAGAUAAUUUGAGUUACUUCCCGUAUCAAGUACAAGAUGAACCACUUUUUAUAAUUCAUCACAUCGACAUCAUCAUAUCUACAUCCGGAUCAAACUUACUACAAGUUUUUCGUGAGGGUCUGGUGAGCACGAGCUCGGAGGAGAAGGAAGAGGAGGAGGAGGACGAGGAGGAGGCGGAGGCGCUGGUGGCGCGGCUGCCGGAGUGCACGCGGCCGCUGGCCGACGCCAUGCGCCAGGCGCGCGGCUGUCUGCUGCUGCUCGUGCUCAAGCAGCACCUCAAGCAGCUCUACGGGUUCACCGACGCCAAAAUCAACCAGUACUCGCCGUCGGAGAGCGUGAAGGUUUACGAGAAGGCGAUUUCUCGGCGGCAGGCGCCGGUGUUCGAGCCGCGCGCCACCAUCGCGCAACUACGCGACGAGCCGCAGGACGACGAGCUCGACGAGCGCGGCCGCCGCCGGCUGGUGGACGACUACCUCGAGGUAUGCGCACGUGGCUCCGACGUACUGGCCGGAGAGUUGGAGGUGUACGAGAAGGCGGUGUCGCGGCGGCAGGCGCCGGAGUUCGCGCCGCGACCCUCCAUCGUGCAACUACGCGACGAGCCGCAGGACGACGAGCUCGACGAGCGCGGCCGCCGCCGGCUGGUGGACGACUACCUCGAGGUAUGCGCACGUGGCUCCGACGUACUGGCCGGAGAGUUGGAGGUGUACGAGAAGGCGGUGUCGCGGCGGCAGGCGCCGGAGUUCGCGCCGCGACCCUCCAUCGUGCAACUACGCGACGAGCCGCAGGACGACGAGCGCGGCCGCUGUCGGCUGGUGGACGACUACCUCGAGGUAUGCGCACGUGGCUCCGACGUACUGGCCGGAGAGUUGGAGGUGUACGAGAAGGCGGUGUCGCGGCGGCAGGCGCCGGAGUUCGCGCCGCGACCCUCCAUCGUGCAACUACGCGACGAGCCGCAGGACGACGAGCGCGGCCGCUGUCGGCUGGUGGACGACUACCUCGAGGUAUGCGCACGUGGCUCCGACGUACUGGCCGGAGAGUUGGAGGUGUACGAGAAGGCGGUGUCGCGGCGGCAGGCGCCGGAGUUCGCGCCGCGACCCUCCAUCGUGCAACUACGCGACGAGCCGCAGGACGACGAGCGCGGCCGCUGUCGGCUGGUGGACGACUACCUCGAGGUAUGCGCACGUGGCUCCGACGUACUGGCCGGAGAGUUGGAGGUGUACGAGAAGGCGGUGUCGCGGCGGCAGGCGCCGGAGUUCGCGCCGCGACCCUCCAUCGUGCAACUACGCGACGAGCCGCAGGACGACGAGCGCGGCCGCUGUCGGCUGGUGGACGACUACCUCGAGGUAUGCGCACGUGGCUCCGACGUACUGGCCGGAGAGUUGGAGGUGUACGAGAAGGCGGUGUCGCGGCGGCAGGCGCCGGAGUUCGCGCCGCGACCCUCCAUCGUGCAACUACGCGACGAGCCGCAGGACGACGAGCGCGGCCGCUGUCGGCUGGUGGACGACUACCUCGAGGUAUGCGCACGUGGCUCCGACGUACUGGCCGGAGAGUUGGAGGUGUACGAGAAGGCGGUGUCGCGGCGGCAGGCGCCGGAGUUCGCGCCGCGACCCUCCAUCGUGCAACUACGCGACGAGCCGCAGGACGACGAGCUCGACGAGCGCGGCCGCCGCCGGCUGGUGGACGACUACCUCGAGUUCAAGCAGCUGAUGCUGAAAUUCGACCCCGAGGAGGAGGAGGACGAGGAGUUCACGGUGGGCGGCGCGGCGGCGACGGCGGCGGGCGCGGCCCCGGGCGCCGCCGCCGCGCCCGCGCCCGCCGCGCCGCCGCCGCCCGCGCCGCCCGCGCCGCCGCCCGCCACCUAGCGCGCCCAGCCCGGCCCGGCGGCGCGCCAGUGAUCAGUGCAGUGCAGUGCAGUGCCCGUGCCCGAGGACUUUACACAUAGAGACGAUUAGACUCGCGCGGCCCCGCCGGGGGGACCCGAGAGAUUGAUUAAUUUAUUGCGCUCGGGUGUGCGGCCCCGAGCGUGAGGCGGCGCGGCCGCCGGCGCGUGUACAGAGCCCCUUCGGCGCCGGCGCCGCGCCCGCCCCGCCGCCCGCCCCGGCGCGCCCGGCGAUCUUAAUUCUUUGCGUAAGUUAUAUCUGAGAAACUCGAUUUUGUUUAUAUUAAAGUCUUGUGUGUAGAUAAUUUUUAUGAAGAAUAUAAAGUAUAUGUACCUACCCGGA